AUGUCCAUUCCAUCAGCGCCAAAGAUCGAACUGAUAGAGGCGACAGAGACAGAAAUACAGGUCCAAUUCAAAGCGGAAGCAGGUCACAGCAACUACGAAUUGCAAUGGAAAGAAGUCCAACAACCAUGGGAUUCCGCCGGGACAGAGCCUGUGGUGGCACAAAAUGGAAAAACCAAGGCCGUUGCCACCAAUUUGAAUCCAGGUACCAGUUAUUGCAUUCGAUUGGUGAUUGUGGCCGGGGACAAAAUAUCCAAAGGACCACCAGGACCUGAAUUGAUUAUUGAUACCGAACAAGUAGGAUGCACUCCCAAACAAAGUAGUGUAUGUCUGAUACUGUGA